CGCGUUGCCAGGCGGUGCAGGCUGAGAAUGUGACAGUGUUGGAGGGAGGCACGGCCCAGAUCUCCUGUCGUCUGCAGAACUAUGACGGCUCCAUCGUGGUCAUCCAGAACCCUCGCAGACAGACCCUCUUCUUCAACGGCACACGAGCGUUGAAGGACGACCGUUUCCAGAUGGUUCUCUUCACUCCCCGCCUGGUGCGCAUCACCCUCACCAACGUGAGCGUGUCGGACGAGGGCGGCUACUUCUGCCAGCUCUACACRGACGACACCCACCACCAAGUGGCCACGCUGUCCGUGUCCGUCCCUCCCGACACCCCCACGGUGGAGGUGAYGCAGGAGGCCGUGGAGGGGGGCGAGGUGGAGCUCACCUGCCUGUCGCCMCGCAGCAAGCCCCCCGCCACGCUGCGCUGGAUCAGGGACCGCCGGGAGAUACCAGGUGUGGUGUCCCAGCAGGAAAAUGGGAAGACAGUGAGUGUGUCCAGCACCAUCCGUCUCCCUGUGGAGAGGAGAGACAACGGGGCAGCGGUCAGCUGUGAGGCAUCCCACCCCGCCCUGGGGGGGCAGAAGAGGGUCCGCCACUACCGCCUCSACGUCCACUUUGCCCCCACAGUGAGGAUCAUCCCUCCCCCUGGCAUCCUCCGAGAGGGAGACUCUCUCAGCCUCACCUGCUCCAUCACUGGCAACCCACUGCCUAGAGAUGUCCAGUGGACUAGGAUUAAUGACACCUUACCUGAGAGGGCGGAGAUCUCUGGCCCCACCCUCCAGGUGUCCCGUCUCAGCCAAUCACACAACGGGACCUACCUGUGUCAGGCGCAGAACAACUACGGCCGUGCCGCUGACCACUACACGCUGCUGGUGUACGAGAAUGUGUCUGUCACUACCAUGGUACUUCCCACCUCCCAUCAUGCCACCUCCCACCCAACCACCCUCCUCCUAACCCCCAGCUACGCACCGGACCCCCGAGGUAACGUACAGCCCUCCCUCACCCUUAACACACUCCUCCUCUCCAUCUCUCCAUCCUUCCCUUCCUUCAUGGUCACAAUCACCGCCUCUUAACAGCUCUUGUCCUCCUCUCUUCUCUGUCCUUUUCUUGUCACCGUCACUGACACAUGUUCUCCCUUUGUCCACUUUAACCUUCUCUUGACUGGUCUUCCCACACACUCUCUCACACACACACACAUUCCCCCACUCUCAUCAAUGGCUGGCUGAUGCUGUGCUCUGGGCACUCAGUGAUUGAGUUGGGGCUGUGUCAGUGUGUAAGUCCCAUGGGGUGGGAGCACACAUGCACUGUUGUUAUUGUUACAGACCCAGGGAUGGGUCGGC